CGUCCCGCCGGGCGGGGCGGCGCAUGCGCAGCGCGGGGCGGCCGCGGCGGCCGGACGUUGGGAGCGCGGAGGAGGAAGAAGAGAAAAUGGCGUCGACGGAUUAUAGCACCUAUAGCCAAGCUGCAGCUCAGCAGGGCUACAGCGCGUACGCACCUCAGCCAGCCCAAGGAUACGCACAGACCACGCAGACCUAUGGGCAGCAGAGCUAUGGAACUUAUGGACAGCCCACUGAUGCCAGCUACACACAGCCUCAGACAACUGCAACGUAUGGGCAGACUGCGUAUGCGACGUCCUACGGGCAGCCCCCCACUGUAGAAGGGACCAGUACAGGUUACACGGCCCCGACUGCCCCCCCAGCAUACAGUCAGCCCGUCCAGGGGUACGGCACGGCCGCCUACGACACCAGCACCGCCACGGUUACCACCACCCAGGCUUCCUACGCAGCACCAUCCGCCUAUGGCACCCAGCCUGCUUACCCGGCCUAUGGGCAGCAGCCACCUGCGGCCAUUCCCCCAAGACCCCAAGAUGGCAGCAAACCAGCAGAGACCAGCCAGCCACCAUCAAGUACAACAGGCUACAGCCAACCCAGCCUAGGGUAUGGGCAGAGCAACUACAGCUACCCCCAGGUGCCUGCCAGCUACCCGAUGCAACCGGUUACUGCACCUCCCUCCUAUCCUCCUACCAGCUAUUCCUCCACGCAGCCAAGCAGUUACGAUCAGAGCACUUAUUCCCAGCAGAGCACCUACGGGCAGCAGAACACCUACAGCCAGCAGACUAGCUAUGGGCAGCAGAGCAGCUACGCGCAGCAGCCGCCCCCAACGAGUUACCCACCCCAGACCGGAUCCUACAGCCAGCCCCCAAGCCAGUACAGCCAGCAGAGCAGCAGCUACGGCCAGCAGAGCUCAUUCCGCCAGGACCAUCCCAGCAGCAUGAAUGUGUACGGACAGGAAUCUGGAGGUUUUUCAGGCCCAGGAGAGAACCGGAAUAUGAGCGGCCCUGAUAACCGGGGCAGGGGAAGAGGGGGAUAUGAGCGCGGAGGCAUGAGCAGAGGUGGGCGGGGAGGAGGACGCGGUGGAAUGGGCAGCGCUGGAGAGCGAGGUGGCUUCAAUAAGCCUGGUGGACACAUGGAGGAAGGACCGGACCUUGACUUAGGCCCACCUAUAGACCUGGAUGAGGACUUGGACAACAGCUCAGUGUAUGUGCAGGGACUCAAUGAUAACGUGACCCUGGAGGAUCUGGCAGACUUCUUCAAACAGUGCGGGGUUGUCAAGAUGAACAAGAGGACUGGGCAGCCCAUGAUACACCUCUACAUUGACAAAGAAACUGGCAAACCGAAAGGAGAUGCCACGGUCUCUUAUGAUGACCCAUCCACUGCCAAAACAGCUGUGGAAUGGUUCGAUGGGAAGGACUUCCAGGGCAGCAAGCUCAAAGUCAGCCUGACGCGGAAGAAGGGCCCGAUGAACAGCAUGAGGGGCGGGAUGCCGCCACGGGAUCAGCGCGGGAUGCCUCCCCCUCUGCGCGGAGGUCCUGGGGGGCCUGGAGGCCCAGGGGGGCCCGGUGGGCCGAGCGGUCCCAUGGGCCGGAUGGGAGGCAGAGGAGGCGACAGGGGAGGCUUCUCCUCCAGAGGACCACGGGGAUCCAGGGGAAACCCCUCUGGAGGCAGCGUGCAGCACCGCGCCGGGGACUGGCAGUGCCCCAACCCGGGAUGUGGAAACCAGAACUUCGCCUGGAGAACAGAGUGCAAUCAGUGCAAGGCUCCUAAACCAGAAGGGUUCCUCCCACCCCCUUUUCCCCCUCCAGGUGGUGACCGCGGUAGGGGCGGCCCCGGCGGAAUGAGGGGCAGCAGGGGAGGCGGAAUGAUGGAGCGCGGCGGCCCCGGAGGGAUGUUUAGAGGCGGCCGCGGCGGAGACAGAGGUGGAUUCAGAGGCGGCCGGGGAAUGGAUCGAGGCGGCUACGGAGGAGGGGGACGGAGAGGAGGCGGCCCCGGGGGUCCGCCCGGCCCGCUCAUGGACCAGAUGGGAGGAGGAGGCAGAGGCGGAAGGCGCGGAGGACCGGGGAAAAUGGACAAGGGGGAGCACCGCCAGGAGCGCAGAGACCGGCCCUACUGAAGGCACCGCCCGGCCAGCAUCACCACCAGAGUUAUUUUUUAAAAGCAGAAAAAAGAAAAGAAAAAAAAAAAGAAAAAAAUCCCGUUUUAAAUUUAUAAUUCCAUAUUUAUAACGUUGGCCGCAACAUUCUCGGUUCUUCCUCGUCUGUACUUUAGUCUUUUUCACCGUUUGUGGAGAAACAUUAAAGCCAAGUUAACGGUACCGUGCCGGCUGCUUUGCUUCCUGCCCCCCCCCAAUGGCUCUGGAUCUAAAGCCGCCCCCCCCCGUUCUAAGCACUCUGCUCCCCCGCAGCUGUGAAUGGCUGCCUCUAUUUGUUGGGUUUUGGGGUUGUUUUCCCUUUUUUUUUAAUUAAAAUAAAAUCCACGUUUCUACACGUUA